AUGGGUGGAUUGGAUGUAGGAAAAGUGGUUAAAGGAGAUGAAGGAUGGCAACUACUUUCUUGCAACUGGUUACAUGGAGGAGUUGUUCAUUUGUUGGUGAACAUGUUGACUCUUUUAUUCAUCGGUGUACGUAUGGAACGUGAAUUCGAGAAGAAAAUGGUUGUUGCUGUUAUUAAUGCAAGUUAG